AGGAAUCUUUGGUAUUAUACCCACCGAUAGAGGCAAAUCAGUUUACAAAUGACACAUUUAUAAACUGGUUUUACAGUUUGGUGCAAGUAUUUGUAUUGCCUAACCGAAGCAAAUGUACAUUAUGAUACGAAUUACUGAAAAGUACUUAAAUACUGUGACAUCACUUGUAAUUAACGUUGCGGAUAUAAACUUAUGUAAUAUAAACACAAGCUAAAUAGAUGCAAUACAAUAACAAUGGCAAAUAGAAAACAAUAUUUCGAAUUAUGGAUAAAGGAGCUCUUUGCAAACAAACAAGGGGAACGUUUAAAACAGUCACCGUUUUUCAACUGGAUGAAGGCAUGUUUAGCUUUAAAAAUUACAAGUGAAGGACUUCAAAGAUUUGUUAUAAGGUCAUUAUUGAAAGUUCAUGACGAGAUUAUGAAUCAUUACAAGAUUGGCGGAGUAAAAUGUUGCGAAUGUUCAACACCGAAUAUAAUUCCUUGUCAAACCGACGGUUUUUGUUUACCUGGUGAUAGUUUUGAAAUUCACGAUGAUGUGUCAACUCAGUAUAGGCCAUGCCCUAAAGGAGUGUGCGACAAAAUCAGAGACCACAUUAUCGGUUGUCAUGUGAACAAAGCACCAAACUGGGCCAAUACAAAUGCGAAAAGAUGGUGCUUUGAUUACUGGGAGAUAGGAAAGUGCUUUAUAGAAACAGAUGGCUAUAAGAUGACCACACAGGCGCGAACAACGGAUUUCAAUGAUGUUAUAAGCAUACUUCGGAACUGCAAUCGUUGCCACGAAAUUCUGAGCAAGCACGAUGGAACUAUUGCUUGUCUACUGCUCAAGAUCCAAGACAUUGCUUCGCGGGUAACAUAUACUAAGGACUUCAUAAUUUCUGGCGACGAUUUACAAAAGAUGAUUGACAUGUUGUCACAAAUGCUUAAUAUUGUAAGUUCGGAAGAGAAAAAAGCUUCGCCAUCAAAGAUUAGCAACUUACUUUUAAAGCAGCUUGAAUCCAGCGAUUAUAAUUUUACUGAGCAAGAAAUAGCAUAUUUACUUCAACAAAUCAUUUUGACUUUUCUGCAAAGCUUCAACACCAAAAUACAAUUACAAGAACCUAUUCCAAGCAACCGGCCCGUUCGUCCCAUGCGUCGACAGCUGAGUUUAUACAUGGAACAGACACAGGAAAUUAUUAAAAAAUUGCCAGAAAAUAAAUCCGAGUGUAUUCUGCGAAUUAUUACUCAAAAUGGCGAUGAACGCGAUAAACAGAUAGAAGCUGUUAUUCAGAGACAGGCACGGUGGAACAACGACAGAUUCAACGAAUCUUUAAACUCAAGAAGGGUGAAUACAAAUAACUUGUCGGCGUUUUCAUUUAGUUGUGCAACAAUUCAGGGAAUCAUCAAUCGAUGUAAAAAUAACUUGAACGGCUCUUCUUUAACACAACGAGAAUUAAACAUUCUCGAUUCAACUUCAAUGAUUGUUUAUGCAACUGUAACCUUAUCACAAGAUAUAUGGGACGGAUUUGAAGGAGAAAAUCAAAGAGAACAUAGCAUACUUAAGAUACACGACGAACCAGUAUUGAUUGUAGCAGAAUACAAUUUUCAAGAAGCCGUCUUUUCUUUUAUUAAGCAAAAUAAUAUAAAAGAACUCUGUAGCGUCAUGCUUGUUGACGACGAGGCGCGCACACAGAGUAAAAAGAGGAAUGAUGACGUUUUGAUUGUAUAUUCCUUACCCGGGAAUUUAAUGGAGAAUGCUGAUGCUUUGCUGGAAAGAUUUGCAUUCCGCAUAUUAAAGCGAUUGAUUGAAUCGGCAAGAAUAACAAUUGACUCGGCGCCUAAUUUUAUUGUUGAUAUGGAUGAGACAAUACUCGUAGUUUGUGACGGUAUUCAUGCAGCGUACAGACGUAGCGAAGUGCCAAGGGAGGAGUGGCCGGUAAUUCCGGAUUUCGACGUUGAAUAUCCUCCAGAAAUUGACAAGAUUAUAACGACCGUUUUAAAAAUUCCGGGAGUAUUCGGAUGCUCGAAAAAACGAGUAGGACUGUUUAUUGACAUCAAUGCCACUGAUGAGCAUUUAAGAGAAUCGAUUUCAAAAAACGUAAGCAAAAUAAUGGAUGAAAAUCGUAUUCGUCGUUUUGUGUGCCGUUUUUGUACCUUUAAACAUUUGAGUGUCCAAUCUGGUGAUCCGAUACAUGUUCGCGGAGCACAAGGUACGCUUGGCGGCUUUGCGGAAAAACGCCAUGCUCUCGUUAAAUCACCCCCAUGUCAAACAACGGAGAUAAGAGGGAAUACAGAAGAAACACUUUAUUUUCGGGACGAAAAUAAAUUAGUUGCUUUAAUAUCAGGACACUUAAGUUUCCUCGAUCAUCCACCAGAAGCUGACAGGACAAGGUAUUUAACCUCUUGUUCGCAAAACAAAAUAAUUGGUCAAUUUGAAGUACCGGAUCAGGAAGAAUGGAUUGAUAUGGUGUGUGUUGAAGUUUAUGACGAGUUUAGAGGGGUUUGUGAAACUAAGUUUAGAAAUGAAUAUGGCGUUAGCCUUUUUGCCGACCUCAUCGAACACAAAUCGUUAGAGAAUUGGGAAUUCUCUCCUGUGCAUAUUUGGGGAGCUAAGACGUCACCGGGUUCAGGACAAAUUCUUGAAACAAAUUAUGUAGUGGAUGAAGCACCCGGUAAAUUUAUUGUCAUAUCUGAACGAAAGAGCGACAAGCUAUUCAGCACACCUGGAGAUAGUGGAUCGAUUGUUUGUGGAACUGACAGAAAAAAGAGCUUUUUUGCCAUUGCGAUGCUGAUAGGAGAAAUACAAAGCAAAGACGAGAAGUCACCAAAAAGAUAUUUAGCAUUGGUUCUGAAAGACGGUCUAAAUCAUAUUGCAAAGAAAUGUGGUUGUGAGUUUAGUCUUUGUAAAGCUAGUUCAUGAAUGUAUUUUGGAUUGUUACUACCAUUUUAACAAUGUUUUAACAAAUCCCCUAUCCCCUAACUAUGCAUUUACUACUACAUACUACUAUAGUUAUACUGUUUUCGACAAUAGUGAACAAGUAAAAAGUAAUCCUGACAUGACAAUUUAAUUGGAAUAUAAACAAAGAUUCCGUU